AUGCUACCAGUUGUAGAAUCUAUUACAGGUAAUUCAGCUUUACUUCUUUUACGGCAUAUAUUUUUAGAUAAAUUAUAAAUCUGUAGUUUUACUUUGUUCACUCAGCACUAGUGUGUUACAGAUGGUGUUAAACCAGCCUUUUCAUUAUAUGUAAUAUAUCUUGUAUCAGAAGAAAAUAAUGAAAUAGUUUACUCAAACAUACCAAUACCUGAUUCUUUUGUUUUAGGACCACAAAGAGAAGUGGUUUCAAUAUAUAAUGAUGACUUUGCCACCCCGCUAUCCAGACCUCAAUAUUUCAUCAAAGUUUAUCGCUGUGUUCAAGUUGACUUCGGUGAAUGCCCUAGCAGUGGACCGUCUGGGUAUCCUGUGCCAAAAAAUAUUGAAAAAAUUGAGAUCGUGGUUCCGGAUAUAACGAAAGGCAAUGAUCGGAAUUCUACCAAUAAAACGAAGUUUUAUAACUAUGUGGUUUAUAAUCACACGUCUUGUAAAUGUGGCACACUCAAGUUCAGGGCUAGUACUCUGUAUCAAACCAUAACUAAUAACGAAGGUUAGUCUAAUUAACAUGCAUGUUUUGUGAUUAACUAUCUUUCGAUUUUAGAAAACAUUUUCCGUAGUUUUGUUGUGAUAGUCAUAAAACAUGUUCACAUAUUAUGGGGGACAGGGUAGCUCUCUCCUCAUCACCGAGUUAAAACUGCUAUGCUGACUAGAAAAUACAUGCAUGCAGAAACCCUCGCCUUGCUGACAAAACCGUUGUAUUUUCCGAACAGGAAGUAUCUAGAGUAGUUGUCAUGGUAACACGAUAAUUUUUUAAGAAUAUUCUUACAAAUGAAAAUCGCCUAAAAAUAUCACUUUUAAUUAGAAAAUUAUCAAUUUCCCAACAUAUAUAUGUUAGGUAUGUAAUUAUACGUAAUACAAGCUUCAAUUUAAGGUAAAAUUCAACCACAAACAAUUCACAAAACGUUUUAAAGUGUUCUUUAUAAAACUAAACUGCCUUUAACUAUUAAAUGGCUUUAGUCGAUAAACUUUGAGUUUGCAAUAAAAUGAUUUCAAAUUCUCGCUUGCAAAUAACUUUGGUCUUUGCUUUAUUUUUUAUUUAAAAAAUUCAAUAUAACUAGUAAAAAAGGGAAUCAAUAUUAAAGUUACACUGAAAUUUAUAUAUGCUGUCUUGUUUAGUUGUUUCAUAUACGCAAAGGCCGUCGGGUUUUAAAGCCAUUGUAAAAUCAAUAUUUAAAACAAACGUACCUUCGUAAACGUCGGCUCCCUUCUUUUAGCUGAUUCUUUCGCCCUUUCUUUUUUGAAAUUUACAAAAUCUUGCAGAAAUACGAGCAAAAAUGAAAUAUAUUUGUAAGAAAUUUAUCAAUCAUCAAAUCAAGAAAUGUUUGCUAUUUCGCUGUCGUCAUGCAGUCAUUAUAAUGCAAACUUUAAAUUGGACCAAUCAGUGUCCGUUAUUCAUGACAAUCCGCCAUAUUUUUGAGAUCAGUGAGGAUGACCACCCAUCGUUGGUGACCGACGCCCGCGCUCAUUGAUGAACUUUAGACUUCGCUAAUGCUUUCGUUUGCCCGGGUGUAAAUAGCCGGGGGGAAUUAGUACCCUCGCACGGCGCUUCGCGCCGCCGGCUCGGGGAAUAUCUAGGUUACGUUAUUGUUACUUGAUGGGCUUGAAAACUCACGUAAAGGCUAAAGCGCGUUUUCCACCUGGCGAAGUUGUUCGCGUGAAACGUCUUUGUCCACAGCGAUUAUAAAUAACACUAGAGGAGGCAUUAUCAUCUUAAUUCAGCUAAAAAAAUGGAACGCAGCUAUUGGGGGGGGGGGCAUAUUCAAGCCCUGGAUGUGUAUUCACAUUCCCAUUGGUGACGAGUUUCAAAUCAGCCAAUCAGAGCACGAUUUUAUAUCCGGAACUUGAAUUUGCCCCCCAUUAGCUGCGUUCCCAAUUUUUAAUCUUGAUGCCUCCUCUAGUGCUAUUUAUAAUCUCUAUGUCUUUGUCGGCAUCGCUUUUGCUGAGUUGAUGAGCAAUGCUGACAAAGGAUAAAGCAGCUGCGCGUGAACAAAUUUUUCCGAUGGAAAACAGUCUGUGCUUGGUUUUUUCUUGUACAUUGAGGGAUUUUCUCCGCGAUCUCUGUCCCGGGUUUUCAUUUCUCGCCAAAAAGUAAUAAGGACUCAACUUUAGCUGCAUUCAAUGACGACAACCAAAGCCACAUUAGUCAGCCUUCUACUCAGUGACGUUUCACGUAAUUCAGGUCUCAACUGCAGGAAUAGGUGAUUAUUACACCGUAACCUUAUUCUGUAUGAAUUUCGCUUGUAGUGUCAGAAGCUGAAUACAUUGCGGACUGUACGAAAAAUCCAGUCAAUCUGAUACAUCGGUGUCACAGUCAUGCUUGCAAACCUCAAAAAAGAUACCGUUUCACGCAUAUCGACGCUGUCCGACCGUCAACAUAUCUAGCGUACAAACAGUGCUUUCCUGGCAGUGUGGCGUUAAAAAACAACACGUCUACAGUUCCAGUUACUUUGAUAAAUAAUAAAGUGAAGUUUGUCAACCUGACAAGUGAUAUUUCAUGCAAGGCUUAUGAUGGAAAGAAUGCUGAACCACAACUAUGCUCAAAACCUACAACGAAAAGUACACGAAACCGGCUACAAUUACAACGCAAAAUAUCACUCUAA